ACAGUUUCAGCCGUUAUUGUAUUGUUUGAGAAGUAGAAUUUCAUUCCGCGUUCCAUUUUGUAAUAUUUACUUUUACUUUAAUAGUUGCUGUAACGACGAUGCCUGUUGGUAUUUAAACUUAACAGCGUGUACUAAUUGAAAUAAAAAUCAGUAAAACAGUAAAAUGGGGAGCAAUAAUAGUAAAUGGCACGACACAGCUGCUGCAAGCCAAAAAAACGAAACCAACAAGGACAUUAGCGGCAAUCCUGAUCCUCGUUCGCCAACUCCAGAAAUAACUCGGACUCCAUUACAGAAUAAACCAGGAUCGAAACAUCACAUAACUAAAAAUAUGGAUUUAAGAAAGGCCUUAGAAAAUGACAACAGUGAAAGUAAGCUUAUUCAUAACAACCCAAUUUUAUCUGCAGUUAUAAAAAAUCACUUGCAGUCAUUUGACCCAAGGUCCCCGACUCAAGAAUUUAAUAGAACCCCUAUUGUUAUUACAUCAAAAACAAGUGAUUCAAGGGUGGAACAAAUAUUUAAUAUUAAUAGCUGUGGUAGUCCCACUCUGGAUAACACUGCACUUGAUACUAGUAACAUUCAUAUAUCACCACCAUGUCCUGAGCUUGUACCCAAAAACCUCUGCAAUGAAUUCUAUGACCUAAAUCUUAGUGAUAGUUUAAAUAAUGAAGAACCACUUGGUUCAUCAACUGCAUCUAAUGAGGUGUUGGAAAAUAUCUCUCAUGGGUCACCUAAACCAACUCAGCUACUGGAGACAAAUUUUGAUUAUGAUGAAAAUGGUAGAAUGAAAAUUGGUGAAAUAGAUCAAACUGAUGAAAUCACAAUGAAAAAUGAAACAUUAUUUAGUCUACUUAACCCAGAAAUUAGCGAUGUUCCAAUAUUUAAACUACUUAAUGAUGACCCUCGAUCACCAUCCAUUGGCAUUGACAGAACACCCAUUGUAGUUGCAAAUCAUGAAGAACCAUGCAUUGAAGAAAAUGUGGAAGAGAUGUCUAAUGAAUUGCUUAUUAAGGUAUUAGAAAAUUCCAAUUCAGAGACCAAACAUAUUAAUAAUGCAGAAAAAAAUUCUGAAGGUAUACCUAUUUAUGAGGACAUAGCUAACAAUUCAAAUGAUACACCAAAAAAAUCAAAGUCUGCCAGCAAUGAUGGUUCAAGAACACCAUUAUCAUGUAUGAAGAAUAAAACUGAACCAAGUCAUGGCAGAUCAAAGUCUGCAAAUACUUUGUUUGACCCUAAGUCUAAAAAUGGAGUGUCCCAAGUACGAAAACAUGUAUCUCAUAUUCCGAGGCUAAAAUCCCUAACAAAACCAAAUGGUCUUUUACUGGGCAGCAGUAUUUCACUUAAAAAUGCUACUAUGAAUGGAGACUGUGAGAACACACCACCACAUUCACAUCGCGAUAAAUGGGACAAAGAAAGUAGCAUUGUACUAUAAUUUUUUUAAUCUUACUUAUAUGUAAUUGGAGCUAAUAUUGUUGUACAGUGUUGAAAUGUUAUUUUCGUGUAUGAAGAAUAAUCAUAUCUGAAAAUUAAACCUAUAUCUAGGUACAACAAUUUUUAUCAUCUUCACUAAUGUUUAAUUUGGACUAAGAUAUUUACUAUCAUUAUUUGAUAUGAAUAAAAUGUAACUAACUAUUCCAUCUUUGAAAAUUUGUGUAAAAUAUAUUGCUUCAUCCAUUCAUUUUCCAGUUAAUGUAAUUUUGGUACAAAAAUUAAGGACAAAUCAAGAGCAUAGCUUCCUUUUUUGGCUUUACCAAAAACCAAAUCCUGAAUCCCAACUUUUCAUCCUAUUGAAAUUGAAGAAAUUAAAUAAUAGACAUUAUAUAUCUACUGAGAUUUAUUGUUAAUGUAAUGAUUACCAUCAUAACAUAUUCUUUGUCAUUGUUCAAUGUUACAAAAAUGAACAUGUUAUACAGUAGAGUACAUUUUAUCCAGGGUGUUUAGUCUAGGUGCCUUAACAGUUGAGUAUGCAGAAAGUCGAAAGCAAAAUUUUAAAAUUCGUCGACACGAACUGUUCAUUUUCAUACAAUUUUAGUAUUUGACUUUCUAAAUACACUACGGUAAGGCAUCUUGACUAAGCUCUGAUGACUAGAUUCAUAUAAUAAUUCUAGUAACCUUCACUAGAUAGAUCCUCAAUAUUAACAAGAUACAAAAUAAAUAUGCAUACUUUUGAAAA